UCAAGCUGGGGAGAUUGAACAUUGCUACAAGUAUGCUCUCAAGCACAAUUGUUCUUGAGGUUCUUAGAAAUGACAAUUAUGCGAAUUGGAGUGCUUGCAUUAAAAACUAUUUCUUGGCUCAAGAUCUUUGGGAUAUUUUCGAAACAACUGCAAAACCUCCAAAACCAGAAGAUGAUGCAAUUGAAUUCAAAGCUUGGAGGAAGAAGAAUGCUGCAGCUUUGCAUGCAAUUCAGAUUUCAUGUGGGGUGGAAAUACAAUCUCAGAUUAAUGAUAUCAGUUCUGCUAAAACUGUUUGGGAUAUGUUGCCUAAAUUAGUGCACCAACCACCAUCGAAAGGAGCUAGUUAUAACCCAGUGGCUGAGCAGGGAAACUCAUUGAAUAUCCCAUCCAGUAAUGUUCACAAGGAUGGAUCAAUGAUUGCACCUAAUCAAAAGGUUGAACCAGGAAGCUCCUCAAACAACCCAGGUAUCUCUGUCUGUCUCUCUCAAGCAAUAUUAACAUUAUUGAACAAAAGAAAAACAUAA